UCGUGGAGAUCACCAUUAUCCUAAAUUAUUUGUUUAUUAGGCUACGAAUUUGUUUUGCAGAUUCGGAUUGUAUAUGACAUACAAAGUGGUCAAAGUUUUGCAGCAUCUUCUUUAAUAAUAGGUUUUAUUGUCGUCGACGUCUAGCCUGCCUCAUAGGUAAUACAAUGUUGGGAGAAAAGGCACAAGGCGUUCCAUUGAUGGUAGGCGUAAUGGACUACACCUAUGAUGAAGAUUUGGAAGAAUUGUGUCCUGUUUGUGGAGAUAAGGUCUCAGGAUACCACUAUGGACUCCUUACUUGUGAAAGUUGUAAGGGCUUCUUCAAGAGGACAGUCCAAAACAAGAAGAGGUAUACUUGUGCAGAAAACCAGGAGUGUAAAAUAGACAAAACACAGCGGAAGAGAUGUCCCUGCUGCCGAUUCCAGAAAUGCCUCGAUGUUGGCAUGAGAUUAGAAGCUGUGCGUGCAGACCGCAUGCGUGGGGGCAGGAAUAAGUUUGGGCCCAUGUACAAGCGGGACAGAGCCAUGAAGCAGCAGAAGAAGGCUUUGAUACGUUCCACGGGCUUCAAGCUGGAGUCUGCUCCUCCACAGCUCUCCCCUGUACAGACUAACUAUGGCUUCACUGGCACCCUGCACAGCCUCCCAUCCCUCCCCAAAGGACUCAUGCCCUCCAUCCCAGCCUCCAUCACCCCCACAGACUAUGAGUCCAGCCUCUACGGACCCUCCUCCCUGGGGGUGGCCAUGCAGCCCCAUGGACCCCUGCCUACCCAGUACCAGUGCACAGCAUUCCCCAGCAGGGCCAUCAAGUCUGAGUACUCUGACCACCACACAAGCUCCCCAGAGUCUCUGGUGGGGUACCCCUUUCCGGAUGUGUACCCCUCCGGAGGCUCCCCACAGCCUCCCACCCUCUCCCCACUGGUGCUAGAGCUGCUGCGCUGCGACCCAGACGAGAUGCAGGUGCAGGGUAAGAUCAUGACCUUCCUGCAGCAGGAGCAGAGUGGCCGGGGCCGGCAGGACAGGCUCAGUACCUUCAGCCUAAUGUGUCGCAUGGCUGACCAGACUCUGUUCUCCAUAGUGGAGUGGGCCAGGAGCUGCAUCUUCUUCAAGGAGCUCAAGGUAGGGGACCAGAUGAAGCUUCUUCACAACUGCUGGUCUGAGCUGCUGGUCCUGGACCAUGUCUUCAGACAAGUGCAACAUGGGAAGGAGAGCAGCCUGCUGCUGGUUACUGGCCAGGAGAUGGAUCUGUCAUCCAUGGGGUCACAGGCGGGGUUGAGUCUGUCAGGCCUGGUCCAGAGAGGACAGGAGCUAGCUGGGAGGCUACUAGCCCUGCAGGUGGACAGGAGAGAGGUUGCCUGCCUCAAGUUCCUCCUCCUCUUCAAUCCCAAUGUGAAGCUGUUGGAGAACCAGGUGUUUGUGGAGAGUGUUCAGGAGCAGGUGAAUGGGGCUCUGCUGGAGUACACUGUGUGCACAUACCCCCUGUACCUGGACAAGUUCAGCCAGCUGGUGCUGCGUCUGCCAGAGCUGCGAGCCCUCAGCACCCAGGCAGAGGACUACCUGUGCUACAAACACCUGAGUGGGGAGGUGCCCUGCAACAACCUACUCAUUGAGAUGCUGCAUGCCAAGAAGGCCUGUAUAUGAGCACCAUGCUACCAUCACUAUACACCAGCAGACUGUCUGUGGGACCGAUGGUGUGGAAGCAAAGAGGGGAUUUAUGAUUACAGCUAGGAGAAGAUGAGUUGUGUGUUUGUGUGCGUGCGUGCGUGCGUGCGUCCGUGUAUGCGUGAGUAUCCCCUCUGUCCAAGGUGUGUGUAAACAGAAUAUGGACUCAUUGUUUUGGCAGUCCUUUAAAUGUACAUAGUUAUAAAAUGUACAAAGAAAGCUAUGCUAUGAUACUGUAUGUAGUAAAUGUAACAUUUUGUUGAAUUCAGCAGAGUGAGGUCUUAUAUCAGCGUUAUAUCAGAUUUAUAUGAUUACAGCUAGGAGGCACCUCCCCACUCAGGUGUAACACCUGUCAUAUAACACCUGUCAUUAAGACAUGUCUUAGCCUUUCAAAUAUAGUGGAAGCACUACAUUUAUUUGAGCACUUGUUCCUUUGUAAAUUGUCACCAACUUUACCAAAAAAUGUGGAAUGUGAAAAAUAUGUUAUGUUCAAUAUAGUUUUUUUCUAUUAGAUAUUGAUAUUCUAAGAUAUGAACUACACAUAUGUUUCAAGAAUUAAAUCUGCAUAUUCCUGUUACGUUUAAUGACUGUCUGUUACUCCAAUGAGAGAUCGACUUAAAGUGAUAGAAAGAAAGUGAUACAGAGGA